GCAAGUCAGUUAAGAACAAAUUCUUAUUUUCAAUGACGGCCUAGGAACAGUGGGUUAACUGAUUUGUGGGUUAACACUGGGUUAACGACAGAUUUGUACCUUGUCAGCUCGGGGGUAUGGAUCCAUGCCAUUUGCUUUGAUCUGGACUUUACAGCUGUGGUCGUGAGUAGAUGUGCUUCUUUUGCGAUUAAAGCAAGAGCUGCAUGUGGCCAUAUGUGCACAUUUUUGUUCAUAUCCUUUGCUAGUUUGUUAUUAGCCCAGUUAUAGAUAAUGUGUAGUCAGCAAUAGGGGAGUGAUUUUUUUCUUUUCCUACAAGAGCCCAACAUGUGUACCUUUUCUAGACAUUUUUGAAAAGUGAGUCAGGACCAAAGAGAACAUGAUGGCCAUUGAUCACAGACUUUCUCUACCCCUGGCAAGUUUUAUUAUGGCCAUUUCCUUGACUACAACUACAACUCUGACAAGCUCUUCUGAGAGAGGAAAUAAUGCCACUGUCGCAAAUAUCCGUUUGGUUACUGCAAUUACAGAGACAAUGGCGCCAAACCAGACCUACACCACAGCCAUGUCAACUCCUUCAAAUGUCACUGUUGACGGUGCUCUCUCUACUACAAGUUACCAUAACUCAAGUCAGAACAGCACUGGAACAACAACUCACAAUGCUGUGCAGGACAACUCAACAACCACAACAGCACUGGCUGUGAGCUCAAACACAACCACUGAGUCAACACCAUCAGCUUUGGCCCCUACAGCUAAUGCUACAUCUGCAGCCAUUACAGUCCCAGGUAUUGUCCCCUCCACUGCACCAACCACCCAAGCAGCCAAGACCACUGAAAACCAAAACAGUACAUCAACUAUCCCACCACAACAAUCCACUAAGAAUCUUCCUCAAACCACAAAUGCCGCCAUGUCGAUGACAACCGCAACACAUAAUGUGACACAAGGUUUUGGACUAGACAAUUCAGAAAAAGGCAUGACGGUUUUCUUCAGUGUUGUGCUUGGGGUGUUUGUUUUGGGAAUAUUUAUGUACACGUUGAAUAGAUGGAACCAGAUGAGGCAAUACUCACAUCGACCUCUCCAUAACAACUCUGAGGCCGAAGUGGGUGGAUCCCUAGCAGCAGACGACACACUUGUAAUUUCAGGAGGACUCUACGAUGGUUCACAAAUCUAUAAUCCAACUAUGACAACUACUGAUAUGACGGAGGAUGAGUUCAAUUUUGAUAACCGUCUACAUGUGUCCCAGCGAUCACAGUUCCGCCUGGAGUUCUUAACUGAAGAACGAGAGAGCUCCCCAGGCUAUGAGGCCUCUACCUUUCAUACUUUUCAGCCAAUUGAUGAUGAUUUUUAAUGUCAAAUCUAGCUUCUUCUUCUUUUUUUUUACACCAGUUUGUAAAUGAUGUCCAAACUAGCCAAUGGGCUUUUUUUUAACAUCACUUUUACAAUUGCAUUGUUUAUACUGUUGAAGUCGGAAGUUUACAUACACUUAGGUUGGAGUCAUUCAAACUUUUUCAACCACUCCACAAAUUUCUUGUUAACAAACUAUAGUUUUGGAAGUUGGUUAGAACAUGUACUUUGUGCA